AUGGGAUCUCUCCAACAAAUUCUUGAAAUCCUCCAAACCAAUCUGCUCAAUCCAUUACAGCCGUACCUUAGACCUAUCACCUCCUCUCUCCCCGAACCUGUCGAUGAUGCUCUACUCUCCCUCCUCGGCGAACACUGCCAUUCAACCCUCAUUCGUUCCCUGGACCUCACCACAGACCCAGCAUGUCUACCUCUAGCGGUUUCCAAAACCCUAGGCGUGGCAAUUGUCACCUUUAGUGCAAUAGUCAAAGUUCCACAGAUCCUGAAACUUCUCUCCUCACGCUCCUCUGCUGGUGUAUCGUUUACGUCCUACGCGCUCGAGACUACAAGCCUUCUUAUUACCCUCGCGUACAAUGCGCGUCAGAAGUUCCCUUUCAGCACUUAUGGCGAGUCCGCACUAAUUGCCGCACAAGAUAUUGUGGUUGGCAUCCUAGUGCUCUUGUUUUCUGGCCAGACAGCGGCGGCCGGUGCGUUUGUUACGGCCGCUGCGAGCAUUGUUUAUGCUCUCAUGUUCAGCGGUGAAACGUUUGUGGAUCAGGCGACAAUGGCGUAUUUGCAAGCUGGCGCGGGAAUCCUGGGCAUCGCAAGUAAAGUGCCGCAGAUUCUGACGGUGUGGCAGGAAGGGGGUACAGGACAGUUGAGCGCGUUUGCGGUCUUCAAUUACCUCCUCGGUUCCAUGAUGCGCAUCUUCACCACCAUCCAGGAGGUUGACGACAAGCUGCUCCUAUACGGCUUCGUAGCUGGAUUUGGCCUUAAUCUGGUCUUAGGCUUACAGAUGCUGUACUACUGGAACGGACCAGCUACCGCUCCAGUGAAUAAACCGGCAGGCAAGGGGCACCAGCGGAUGGCAGAAGUCCAGAUCCCGGUUGCAAAAGGCUCCGGCGUCUCUUCCAGCUCUUCUGGAAAGGCCCCAACAACGAGACGGAGGGGGUAA